UCAGACCAGAAGGUCCAGAACUUUCCCCUAUCCCCAAACACAGACGAAAAGCACCCACAAAACCCAAGCACCAGUGCAAGACAGUAUUCUUCCUCAGUCGACAAUGGCUGCGUCAUCGUCUUCUCUCUCCAAUUUCAUCUCCUUUCUCUUCCCGUCAAAACCCCCAGCGCCCAAAACCCCUCCGCCCCACCUUCUCUCUUUCCCUUCCUCUCCUAGUGCUCCCCCGUCUGUCUCUUCUUCAUCGGCAUCAUCGUUAUCCGCUCAUUUUCUGAGAGAUAGAGAUGGGUCGUCGUCGUCUGCGGAUUUGAUGUCGGUGGUGUGUCCUUCUCUGGCGAAUGCGAACACCCUUUUCUUCAAGUCGGGGUACAACGUUCAAGUGGUUGUGGAGGAGAACGAGCCGGAGGAGAGGCUGGUGAACCGGUUCAAGAGGGAGGUUAUGAGGGCUGGGGUCAUUCAGGAGUGCAGGCGCCGGCGGUUCUUCGAGAGCACACAGGAUAAGAGGAAGCGCAAGACCCGCGAGGCCGCUAGGCGUAAUCGUAGAAGACGUCCUCAAGCAAGAGUUGCAUCACUGAAUAAUGAGAAAGCCUCUCGGAGCAAGGAUGACGAUGAAGAAGACAAUUGGGAACUUCCUGAAGGUGGCCUGCCCUAUUGACUGCAUUGAACUACAUCUUCUUCCUUGGAGAAACUGUCUAUUUUGCUAUGAAGGCUUUGGUUCUUGUAAUUUCCAACGGGCGUGUUCUUUCUUGUGUACUAGUAAAUUAUUUCUUUGUUUCCUUUUUUGCACUAAAGUUGUGAUUUUUUAUUCUCGGAUUCUUGACUGUUGUAAGUCCGCUUUGUCUGCUUAAUGAAAAAUAAAUUUAUUUCUUCCUA